AUGGAGAUCGCGAAACGAAGAGUUCACAUCCUCUUCCACAACCACUUGAAGCCGAUUGUCCGCAAAAUGUCUCUGACUACGUCGUCGUCGAAUUCCAGCGUGGAGCUCGCGUUACCCAAAGGGAGCCUAAUACUUGUCACUGGAGCGACGGGCUACAUCGCAAGCCAUAUCAUUAAGGAAGCUUUGGACCUAGGCUACCGCGUCCGCGGCAUUACUCGUUCGAAAGCGAAAGCAGAGCUUAUUGAGGCCGCGAUCAACGAUGCCGAUUUCUCGACAUGCAUUGUUGAGGACUUUUCCAAUUCGGCGGCUUUGGAAGAAGCCGUCAAGGACUGCCUAGGGAUUAUUCACACUGCAUCUGUCACGAGUCUGUCCCCGGAUCCUGAAAAGGUCAUACCUCCCACGGUGGGCAUGGCCUCCGCGAUCCUGACAGCGGCGAAAAGGGUGAAUAUGUGCAGGCGGUUCGUCUUCACAAGCAGCUCUUCUGCCGUUUGGAUUCCCAAGCCAGACACUCCGUUCAAGAUCGGCAAGAACACGUGGAACCAGGAUUCGGUACAGAAAGUACAAUCGAUGACACCCCCUUUCAAGGCUGAAGGCUUCUACGACGUCAUUGCCGCCAGCAAGGUCCAGGCAGAGCAAGCAGUCUGGAGGUUUGUUGAGGAGGAGAAACCUGAUUUCGUGGUCAAUACGAUAGUGCCCAACACGAACAUUGGGAGAGUCAUUGUCAGGCCCGCGACUUCUUCCGCGAACUUUGCGCUCGCGGUCCUGAAUGGCAGCAUCCAAAGAAUCGCGACAGUGCCGCCACAGUGGAUGAUUAAUACUAGCGACGAUGCAAGAAUUCAUCUUGCGGCGCUCAUCGACCGAAAUGUGUCAAAUGAGCGGAUAUUCGCCUUUGCUCAACCUUUCGACUGGAACGAGAUGCGGGAGGCAGUACUCAAAGCCCGACCGAAUGCAUCAGUUGGAGGUCCUUUGCCACCACAUGGGAGAGAUGUCAGCGAGGUCGACAACACGCUUGGGGAAGAGCUGUUGAAGAGAUGGUUCAGCCAAGAUGGGUACAAGCUGCUCGAUGAGAGUGUGAGAGAAAAUCUCGAGGGCUACGGAGAGCCCGAUCCGGAGAGAUAG